AUGGACCCCCUGAGGCAGUCCCCCUCCCCCAGGUCAUCACGGGCCUCCAGCCCGAGGACCAUACCCUGCGAGAUGCUUGGUUACGUGGGCAUCGAGGCUGUGCUGGACCAACUGAAGAUCAAGGCCAUGAAGAUGGGGUUUGAGUUCAACAUCAUGGUCGUUGGACAGAGUGGGCUGGGCAAGUCCACCAUGGUGAACACACUCUUCAAGUCCAAGAUGUGCAAGUCCACCAUGCCAGGCCUGGGGGUGCCCACACCCCAGACGCUGCAGCUGCAGUCUGUGACCCACGUCAUCGAGGAGAGCGGCGUGAAGCUUAAGCUGACCGUGACCGACACACCCGGCUUCGGGGACCAGAUCAACAAUGACAAGUGCUGGGACCCCAUCCUGGGCUACAUCAGUGAGCAGUACGAGAAGUACCUGCAGGAGGAGAUCCUCAUUACCCGGCAGCGACACAUCCCCGACACCCGAGUGCACUGCUGCGUGUACUUCGUGCCGCCCACCGGGCACUGCCUGCGGCCCCUGGACAUUGAGUUCCUGCAGCGGCUCUGCCGGACUGUGAACGUGGUGCCUGUGAUCGCCCGGGCCGACAGCCUGACCAUUGAGGAGCGAGAGGCCUUCAGGCACAGGAUCCAGGAAAACCUGAAGACUCACGGCAUAGAGGUGUAUCCACAGAAGUGCUUCGAUGAGGACAUCAAUGACAAGAUCCUCAACAGCAAGAUCCGGGAACGGAUCCCCUUCGCUGUGGUCGGGGCUGACCGAGAGCACAUUGUGAAUGGGAGGUGUGUCCUGGGCCGGAAGACGAAGUGGGGCAUCAUUGAAGUGGAGAACAUGGCUCACUGUGAGUUCCCCCUCCUGAGAGACCUGCUCAUCCGCUCCCACCUCCAAGACCUGAAGGACAUCACACACAAUGUCCACUAUGAGAACUACCGCAUCUUCAGACUGAAUGAAAGCCACGUGCUGCCCCGAGGGCCCGGCUGGGUGAACCUGGCCCCGGCCCCGGCCUCCGUCCCUGCCCCCGCUGGCCCCCAGGCCAGCCCCGGACCCCCAAAGGUCUGCUGGUGGGCCAAGGACAACUCAGAUGAGGAAUGCUGAGCACCGGCACAUCCCGGGCCUGCGGGGCUCCCCAAGUCCUGGGCAGCGCCCUGACACACACCUGUGUACUAGAGCAUGUAUUAAAGGGUGGACAUUGCUUUUUAUGAAAAGCUGUGCUUUGAAAA